UUUCUCAUUUCGCCGGAUUUUCUGUUUGUGUCGUGCAGGUGAACAUGUACGGGACGGCCCAGUGCACACAGAACGCAGUACAAGGAUUGGCAGAUGGUGCAGAAAGGGGUGUGCUCUUGUGCUUGCAGACGCUCCACGAAACCGCAGGAAAAGGGCAUCCAGACGCCGAAGUCGAAAGCAGACACAGAGGAGCACAGGCAGGCAGCCCCACCUAGCGCCCCCCACCGCAUCUGACACAGACCCGGACCACCACCACAUCAGGACAUGCUUCACAAACACAGGCUCAGAGUGUCGAUCCGGACGCAACUUAUAGCGCUCGUGCUAUUUGUUGCGAUGUUCUCGUUGCUUGUCUUGGCGAUCGUGACGGGAGUGUACUUCCGCAAGGUCCUCACCGACACACGGGUGUCGAAGCUCGAGUUGGUGGCGGAGUUGAAGAGCUCCCAGUUCCAGCAGAUGAUGGACAGCUACUACUUCCAGAUCUACCAAUUGAGCGAGAAGCAGAGUGUCCAGCGAGCCCUCUCGGCACGCAAGGCCGGAAACAACUCGGCCAGCGCCUUGCAGCAGGCCCAGGGCGUCAUCGAACAGACCCUCGAGUCGUCCACGUCCUUGGCGUACGCCCGCUUGUACGACUUGAGCUUUGCACUCGUAUCCAACGUCUCCAACGAAGACUCCGUGCACAACGCCACAGAAUCUAGUCUGGCAUCCUUGUUCAUCCUCGAGCAGAACACCUCCGCCAGGGGACCCUCCCUGCCCAACGGGCUCCUCGCCAACGGCGCAUACCUGGAAGGACCCGUCGCCAACGACAACAACUACUUCGCCUCCCUCACCCUUCCUGUCUAUACAAACGAGUCCAUCUUGAUGCCGCAACAGUUCCUCUCCGGCUACUUGACCGUUGUGCUCGACCUACAAGCCUACAACGGCACGAUCGCCAGCACAGUGAAGUCCUCCGAAUACUCCUCCGUCAACUACAUCCACACCGUGCACGCCUACAACAACAUCUCCAGCUAUUCGGGUUUCAACUAUGCAUUUGACAACUUCUACCUCGAAAAAAACGAUGUCGAUACCGAGACCCUUUUUCAAAUAUCGAAAUUCCCGCCCGCAGAUGACGUGUUCUACCAGGCAAAAGACCUUGGCAGCUACGUGAACCUCAUAAACCCCCUGGGAAUGAAGGUCUCCUUAGGGUACUCUUCUAUCGACUUGGGCUUUGCCCUGUGGCUCGUCACCGUCGAACAGGUGGAGGCCGACUUUGAGCGCCCCAUUACAAAGUUGAUCAAAAUCAUGGUCGGACUAUGUAUAGGCUUGGCCGCCUUUAUGUCCUUGGUCACCUUUCCGCUUGCACACUACAGUGUCAGACCAAUAUUAAAACUUCAGAAGGUCACAGAAGAAAUAACAGACAGAAGAGGCCUGAAAAGGAGGAAGAAGAGAAGGCGCCAUGCUACUCCUUUCCAAAAGUUGCAUACUAAAAUGAAAAGCCACGAUCUAGACGAAAAAUCUCUAUCCAACGAGGACAAUACUGAGUACAGCGAAGCUCACCAAUCCAGGGCAUUGACUCCUCAAAGUCUUUCUCCGAUUACUCCCACAACACCGAUUCCGCCACCAAUUACUCCAAAUUCAGGAAACUCCUUUUCUAUAAAUAACAGUGCACGAAAUAGUUGGUGCGGCUCCUUACAAAACCCAUCUUCCAUGGAGAGUUUUUCCAACAGUUAUACCCACGACUCUAAAAUAAGUCACGCAAACUCGCCUUUACCUUCCAUCGUUGAGACCAAGGGAUUAUUCUACGAUGAAUUAACAGAAUUAACUGAAGCAUUCAAUGCAAUGACACUCGAACUAGAUCGACAGUAUUCCCAUCUCGAAGACCGCGUUCGUGCAAGAACAAAGGAACUAGAGGCUGCCAAGGUCCAAGCAGAUAUGGCGCGUCAGCAAGCAGAAAAGGCAAACGAAGCCAAAACAGUGUUUAUUGCCAAUAUAUCUCAUGAGCUGCGUACGCCUCUUAACGGGAUUCUUGGUAUGACCUCUGUCGCAAUGAGUGAAAGCGAUAUAAACAAAAUUCAAAAUUCUUUAGAAUUAAUAUUCAGGAGUGGUGAAUUAUUACUUCACAUUUUGAUUCAGCUCUUAACAUUUUCGAAAAAUCAGCUUGAUAAAUCGAAAUUGCAAAAGAAAAACUUCCUGGUUGUUGAAGUAGCAUCCCAGAUAAAGUCCAUUUUCAGCAAAGCGGCCAAAGAUCAAGAUGUCAAUUUAAUCAUUUCCCUAAAGCCAAAUCUUAUUCGAAAAUUGAUCCUUUUUGGCGAUUCGAAUCGUAUAAUUCAAGUCGUAAUGAAUUUGGUAAGCAACUCACUGAAGUUUACCCCAGAAAAUGGAACUGUAAGAGUCCUCAUUCAAGUACUGGGUCCUUAUGAUGAAGAGCGCUCUAAAGAGUCGGAUUAUGAAAAAGUGUAUAUUAAAGGUUUACCAAAUGAUGCGGAGCAUUAUCCUGUUCCGCCAAUAAACAAACCAGAUGAUUCCAUGGAUGAUUCAAAACAACUCUCUAGCGACGUGUCCUCAAUUGUGACAACGAAAAGCUCAUCGACUUUAUCAACGUUACGUUCUUCAGUUUACAUCAAAUCAUUAUCAUCUUUGUACAACUCUUCCGAUUGCGAGAUUGAGUACUUCAACGAUGAUGAAUUCACAAAGGAAAACUCCACUGAUUCCUAUGAAUCACAUCAUAGGAGCAGAAAAUGUUUCAAGUUCGGUAAAGACAAUGAAUCAACUGGUGCUGCUUGGGUACUCAGAUUUUCCGUCACUGAUACCGGGACAGGCAUUGAACAAUCUUUGCAAGAUAGAAUUUUUGAAGCCUUCGUUCAAGGUGACCAAACUUUAUCAAGAUCUCAUGGUGGUACUGGUUUAGGUUUAUCAAUUUGCAAACAAUUUGCUAAAAUGAUGCACGGUACCCUUACUCUGAAUUCGGCUGUUGGAAAGGGAUCAACUUUUACAUUUACAAUCCCGUUGCCCCAAGUUGGUGAAAUCAUUUUAAGCGAUAGCGAACUCGAAGAAUACAAUAAAGACGAUUUUAAUGAAUUGUAUAACAAGAAAAAGAAGGUAACAUUCAUUGAUGAUGAUACCCACGUCAUUGAAACCGACACCGAUACUGAUAACAGUGACGAGAAGAGCAGCAAGCUCAAAAGGCCGAUGAAUCUUGCAAGUAGCUAUAAAUCAACCUUUACGAAUGACAACAAGAUAACACAGAACACAAAGCAACCAGAAAAUCACAAGGACGGGAUGAUUUAUGAAAAACCCGAACUUAUUACGCGAGCAUCUACAGGUACGGCGCAUUCCUACCGCUCGAAGAAAUCAGAUUUAUCAACAGAUAGUUUCCUACCUACUCCUGAAGAGAAUUCGUGUGAUCUUAAACUUUUAGUUGCUGAAGACAAUUUGGUAAACCAAGAAGUUGUGAAAAGAAUGUUGAAACUUGAAGGUAUUAAUAACAUCUCAAUGGCCAGGGAUGGUAAGGAUGCAGUUGAGUUUGUUCGAGAAUGUGUAAACUCAAAGAAUAGGCCUUUCGAUCUGAUAUUGAUGGAUGUUCAAAUGCCAAAUAUGGAUGGAUUAUCUGCAACAAGAAUCAUUAGAAGUGAAUUAGGAUAUAGCGGUCCCAUCGUGGCAUUGACCGCGUUUGCUGAUAUUUCUAACGAAAAGGGUUGUAUUGAUGCCGGAAUGUCAGGAUUUUUGUCAAAACCAAUAAGCAGAAGUUUGUUGAGAAACGUGAUUAGACAGUUUUGCCCACAGCUCUGCACGACAGUUGAAUUAGACGAAAACGAUAAAAAUUCAAGUGAUACAGAGCAAAUUAGUUGUUCGUUGCCAACUCUCGGAUAAACUUCUUUGGACGCUUACAAAUUUUUGUGUAGAAGCUAAAAUAGAUACCCAUUUAUUAUUAUACAAGAUUUACUACGUAAUUUAUUACUCUUUUAUUUACGAGAAUUUUUAUCAGAGUCACUGUGGUGAUCUAGAAUUUUGGCGGUUCCAUAACUAGCAGAAUCACUUUCACUCUCGCUGUCGCUGCUAAGCUGUAUCUCUUUUUCCAAACCACCAGCACUGAUUGCUACAUCUAUGUUGUCAUUAUGAGGCAAUAAAGACUUCUUGACUCUGUAGCUUUUUGUUUGCUCCUCAAUUUCCUCUCUUUCCCUCAC